UUAAUUAAUUUUUAUAUAUAUAUACACACACUAUACAUAAAGGGUUUUAGCCCAAAUCUUCAAGCCUAAACCUAAAACCCUACAACUUUCCUCUUUCUUCCUCAACAAUGGCUGCUUCAACAAGUGGAAAAAGAUUUUCUUUAAGCAAAAACGACGGCGUAUUAGCCAAGAUUUCUAAUUCAACUAUUGUUACAAAGGGAAAACAAGCAGCUUGUGGAGCAACAUAUGUAGGGAAGAAACUUGCAAAGAGUACUGGAAAAGCUGCUUGGCAUGUUGCUACUACUUUUUUGGUACUUGGGUUGCCUUUGAUUAUAGUUAUGGAUAGGGAACAACAGCUUAAUGAUCUUGAUCUUCAACAAGCUAGUCUUCUUGGUGUUGUUCCUCCUGCUUCAGCUGUUGCUCCUCAGAAGUGAAUCUUGAUUUUGAAUUUUUUGUUAUGUUUUUGAACCCCGUUUUGUUAGUUAUGAACACCCUUUUGUGUUUUGGUGAUGAAUUUGAGUUAUAUUGAUUUUAUCUAGUGAAAAGUAUGAUUAAAUGUUCUUAUUUAUGAACACCCUUUUGUGUA